AUGUCUGUUUUCAUCCGGUACCACGGCAAAAAAAAUCCCGAGCGUACCAAGACGGAUCUUGGCGCAGAAGACCCGUGCCUGGACAAGAACGAUCAGAAUCUCGUCAACCGUCUCAAGAAAAGCAAGAGAGAUGGCCGCAUCCUCGACGACAUUCUGAAGCACACCGCCUCGACGCCGGACAUGCUGACGCUGUCGAAGCAGCACCAGUCCGUUGUCAAGGAGAAGAGUGGCGGAAGGGCAAUUGAGACCCUGCUGCUGGACUUGGUUCAAGGGGCCCAGAAGCUAGUGAACCAAGCGGGCGAUAGGAUACCGACAAAUGCCAGGGAGGCGCUGGACAAGGCCGUCAAGGAGCUGUCCAAGCUCGCGUUACCAGCCACGCCAGCGGGUGGCCACGACUCCAGUACAGUUACCAUGGAGUUGGCGACAUGA